UAUUUUUCAAUUUAAUUAUAUAUUUAGUAGUCUUUAGAUAAUGUCUUUGAUAAAUGAGACCAACGAUGGCUUUAUUAGUGUUUAUCAAACGAGACGAAGAAAAAACAGAAAUCGUUAUAAAUAUCAAUCAAAUGAAUUGUCGUUCAAAUUAUCAACAAAUUUGAAGCACAUCUCAACACAAAUGGUAGACUCGAGGACAUUGAUAAACGUCUUAACCUAUGUGUCAAACAUCUGUCUGAUUACAAAUAAAACUUUAAUUAUUAAUAAAAUAUCACAUAUAGUAUGCUAUGGUUUGGGAAACUUCUUGACAAGUAUUGAUUCAUUAUAUCAAUUGGCACUUCUUGUUAGUCUAAAGAAAUCAUUUGCCAAAUCUCUCAAAAUYUCAAUAUUUGAUCCAAUUUUUAGUGAUAUUGAAACAGAUUUUCUUAAAAAUAAUUUACAAUUUAAUGUAUUGAAAGUUAACAAUCACUGUAUUCACUCAAUUGAUAUACAAUUGGAUCAAAUGGUGAUGUUUUAUAUGCCUCACUGCGAUAAAUGUCUAUUUAAUAACCUUUUGUGGUCCAACUGGACAUUAAGUCAAUUGAAUCAAAUGGUGAUAUUAGGCAAUAGUUUUAAUACAAUGAUUGAAACAAUUGGAUCCCAAAGAGUGGCAAAACAUGAGUUUAAAUAUUUAUUUGCAACGACUUUAUGUGAAGAGUUUAAAAUAUGUUAA